AUGACGACAAAAGCAAAAACAGUUGUGAUCACUGGAUGUAGUGCAAACAGCAUCGGAGAGGCUUUGGCCUUUGAGUUUCAUAGAAAUGGUUACAUGGUCUGCGCAACAUGCCUUCCCAAUGAACAAUUAACAGAGAUGGAGGCUCUCGGCAUGAUCUGCUGUCCUCUUGAUGUUACAAAUGAUGACAGUGUUGCAAAAUUCUCCGAAUUUUUGCAUGAGCAUUAUCGAGGGAUAGAUGUGUUGGUCAACUCAGCUGGAAUUAACUAUGUGAUGCCUAUUCUGGAUCUUGAUAUGACUGAGUUGCGUCGUAUUUUUGAUAUUAAUGUGUUCGGAAUGGUGCGGGUGACGCAAACUUUGUCAGACCUUUUGAUCAAGAAUCAAGGUGCAUACAAUGGCAGUAAAGCCGCCCUUCUUGCCAUGGGUAACACUCUCCGCAUUGAACUCGGUCCGUUUGGUGUCAAGGUUAUGACGAUUCUAGCUGGACCUAUUGCAAGUGGUCUCAUGACUCGCACUAUACGCACUCUUCCCUCUUCGUCUCUAUACCUCCCUGUGAAAGAAGAGUUUGAAUCACGCAUGUCACACAAGAGCCAUGGCGUGGACACUCUUUCCAGAAGCAAGUUUGCAGAAGCAGUUGUUGCGAAGGUGGAAAAGCCUCCAUUUAAUUUCUGGAUUGGUCCGUGGAACCGAGUAGUUUGGGUUUUGGAAACGUUUGGCCUGCUGAGUAUCUGGGACAGGAUAUUCCGGAAAAUGUUCAAAUUGGACAAAUUACGAAAAGCCAAGCUCUAG